UCUUGAGUCACGUGAUUAUCAAUCCAGCCCACCAUUGGUUGAUAUAGAUAUUGCCUUUCCAGGACGUGCAACUGCUGCAGAAUGGCUAGUCAAGAAGAGAGAGAGGCAUUUGUCACAUUAGCUACAAAUGAUACUUAUGCAUUAGGAUGUUUGGUUUUGGGAUCAUCCUUACGACGUGUGGAAACAACCAGGAAGUUGGCUGUUAUGGUGACACCGGGUGUUUCACAGUCAUUAAGAGACCAGUUAUCAAGAGUAUUUAAUUUAGUAUAUGAUGUAGAUUUACUAGACAGUCAAGAUCCUACAAAUCUUCAAUUACUAGGCCGUCCAGAUCUCAAUGUUACAUUCACAAAGUUCCAUUGUUGGAGACUUACUCAGUAUGAUAAAGCAGUAUUCCUAGAUGCAGAUACUCUGGUCUUACAAAAUGUAGAUGAAUUAUUCAACCGAGAAGAAUUAUCAGCAGCUCCAGAUGCUGGAUGGCCAGAUUGUUUUAAUUCAGGUGUUUUUGUGUUCAAACCAUCAGAACAAACAUAUAAUGCCAUUCUGCAGUUUGCUUUAGAUCAAGGCAGUUUUGAUGGUGGAGAUCAAGGAUUACUCAAUAUGUUUUUUCGUGAAUGGGCUACCCAAGACAUAUCACGGCAUCUGCCAUUUGUAUAUAAUGUUGUGUCACAAGCUUUCUACAGUUAUCUUCCAGCUUUCAAACAGUUUAAAAAUAAUGUAAAAAUAGUUCAUUUUAUUGGUGCUACAAAACCGUGGCACCAGCCAUUUAAUACCUCAUCAGGGGAGGUAACCCCACUACCAGAUUCUGGCCACAACCAAGAAUUCCUACAGUUGUGGUGGACAAUAUUUAUGGAAGAUGUACAACAAUCGCUUGAUCCAAAUCUGAUGAGCAUGCUAACAACUUCGCAGCAGAAAAAGCUUUACAAUCGUGAAGUUCAACAACCCAAACCAAUUUUCCAGUCAGUAUUCCCUUUUAUACCUCCUACAGUGGAGAAUGUAUAUUAUCAAGAAAAUCCUGACACCUUUUCCGAAAAGGGUAGUAAACCACCUCAGAUGGACAUUCCAAGGUCAUAUACGACAUUGGAGGGCCACUAUGCUGAGGAACCAAUGACCACUUUGGACACAAGUACCCCUUCAUCUCAUAUAUAUGAUGCCCCAAAGGUUGUGCAAACAUGGACCAAUAACAAGCAACAAAAUAGGCAGCAUAAUGAACAUAUUGACAAUGAUAGUCAGAAUUGUAGUCAUAAUGACUGUUAUGUCCAUGUGAAGGACCCUAGUGGUAAUCAUGAACAAAUAAGUACUGAUAAUAGGGCUCUACAAGAACAGUUAAAUCAGAACAAUCAAAUGAAUGUUAACAACUAUUGUUCUGAGGAGAAUCCAACAGAAAAUGUAAAUAAUAUUAACUCUGAGGAGAAAACCAAGUCAGAGGAGGGAUUAAUAGGACAGCUUGCUACAUUAAAGAUAUCAAGAGACCAAGUGCCAGCCCAUGCAUCUGCUUUGUCCAGUGGUGAAAGAAAGUUAAAUUGGGAAAAGGGUCAGAUAGAUUACUUAGGUGAAGAUUCAUUUGUAAACAUUCAGAAAAAACUAGAAGAAUCCCUAAGUAAACCUGCAGAACCCCAUAAACCAGCUACUAGUCCAUUUUCUAGACCAUCACCCCCUGAGGAACCUGCUGAGACUUCAAAGGAAUCAAAACAACCUUGUGAAUAAACAGUAUGCAUGCAAUUCAGCAGAAAUCCAUGCCAGAGGAAGCUUUGAACCAACUAACAGUCAGUAUAUACAUUGUUUUCAUACAUGUAAUUUUAGGUACAACUUGUAAUAUGUCAGCAUUAUUGUUAUGUCAUUUUUAGCAAACCAUGUAAGUCAUGCAUGUGUGUUUUGUCAGCAUUUGGUUUUCUUAAGUGUUUAAACUAUGAGAGAUUCAUGAUUUGAUACGUUUAAAUUUCUGAUUUAUUUUCAGUUAAAUCAUAAAUGAAGGUAUCAAAUAUCUAUAUAAAAGUUUUCCUUAUAUGUAUUGAUAUUUAGUUUUAUGUAGAAAUAAUGUUAACUAUUUAUCUGUAGAUACUUUUCCAUGCAACUUUGAAAACAAAUGUUGUGAAGAAACCUCAAAAUUAAUUAAUGCAUCAUUCCAUUGUUAACAAGAAAUUCAAAUAUGUGUAUUUGCUUAAUAUAAUUGAUAAAAAAAUUAAAAAAUGUACAAGUAUGUGAGCUUAAUAAAUGAUAUAUAAUUAUUAUAAUAGCAAGUUCUGUGAUAACCUAAAGGUUUACCUAAGUAUACUUGAAAAUUUCAUAACUCUUAGUUGUGAUAAAAUAGAAGCAUAUGUAACAAGUUCCUUUUUAAAAAAACUAGUAAAUCUUUCACAUAUUUAAAAUGUUGCAAGGACUUGAAGUAUUUAGGUUGCUAUUAACUUCUUUAGUCUCUUUACAAAAAUAUGAAGCUGUAUCUGUAUGUAAAUUGAAAAUUUGUUAUGUUAUUUUGAUCAUUUUUUUUCUAAACAUAAUAGUGUUUGCAAUUUUCUUUAAAUUGAAGACUUUAACAAUAUUAAUUUAAGGAGUUUUUUUUUUAUUGAAAAACUGCUUGGAUAAAGAUAUAAAAGACUAGCAUAUUAAAUGGCAUUGAGAAAUUAAAAUUAAAUGAUCUAGCAUCAGUGUUUUUUAUGUUUGUUGUUUUUAUUUGUUUGUUAGUUGACAUUGUGUUUUUAUGCUGACAAUCUUCUAUGCUCAGGAUUAAAACAAUUGUUUAGAAAUACUUCUUUAGUUUUAUAAAAGGUAGAUGUAGUAUAUGAUGAAUGUCAGUUAGACAUGAUGUUGUAUAAACUGUGCCAUAUAACAUCAAAUUAUGUAUGCCCUGUAUUAUUUGGGAAAAUUUUGUACACGUGAUUAUUGCUAGAACAGUUAUAGUUUCUAAUGGUAUUGAUAUAUAGUAGUUAGCAGGUUGAACACAAAACUAAAGACUCAUGUCCAUGUAUGCUCCAUUUUUUUAUGGUUCCAUAUAUGUUUAAGAGGUAUUUAUAUUGAGUGAAAUUUAGUAAAAUUGUACACAUUUGUAUUCAAAUUAACCAUGGCAUGGUUCAUAAAUAUUUGCAAUAGAUAGACGGCAGCAUCCAUGUAACUUACUCUAAUUUUCAGCAACACACAAAAACAUAUGAGAUAAUUGUUCCUCUUUAUUAUUAUUAUUAUCUCUUUUUUUUCUUUGAUCAAUUAUUAGAAGAAGAAAAAACAGUGAACUCUACAUCCAAGAUAACAAAUCCAUUUAUAGACUCUCACAAUCUUAGUUCAGUUCUAUCAAUGCAGCUUAACUGUUUGAAGAUAAUGCUUUUUUAAAUAUGUGGACAAUACCAGAGAGAAAAAUCAAAGGAUAGUGAUAUGCUGGCUAAGCUUUAUAAAUCUAUUUGUAUUUUGCAUGGUAGACUACAUUUAUACUCUAUAUUGUUUGAACAUUUAUUAGGAUUAAUUUGUACAAAUCCAAAUGUAUUUCUUUAUAUCUCUAUAGUAUUUUAAAUCAUAAGCAGAUUUUGUAAAAAUUAAAUGUUGUUCAUCAUUUAAUCACUUUGAAAAAAUGUUGUACUUAAAUUUAUGGUCAAUUUUAAUUUUGUGUUUUUACUUUAAUUUGAAAACUUUGAACCUGUGCCUCUUAAAAUGAUUUUCAUUAAAAAUUUAAUAUACAUGAUGAGUAAUUACUGGAAAUGGAAUUAUUUCUAUACAUAACUGUUUCAAAGAGGAUAAGUUGGUGAUAUAUAUGUAUGAGAUAUACUCAUGGUUUGUUCAUGAGGCAAAAAACUAGAGCACAAACCUGCGAGACCAUAUGUGCAACUUGAAAAUUAAUUUUUAUACUAGGAAUUAACCUUUCUUCAGUGGUUUUAAAAGUAUAAACAGUACGAGGAGACUAGAUUGAAAUCAUUGAUUUAACCCCUCAUUAAAAUGAGCAUUUGUUAACUUGUAUUUAAAUUUGACCAGUCUGAUAAAGUAAGGGACAUGAAGCUGUAAUUGAUCAGUAAUCAGAUGGUUUCAUCUUUCUUUUUUUUUCAAAAUAGAAAUAGAUCUUCUGUUACUUGUUUAGAAAAAAAUGGCCUUAGAUUAGGCCUGAAUUUAACUUAUCAAUAAAGUUGAUUUUUGUGCAUUACUUUGAGAUUAUGAAAUAAGGAAAAGUGCAACUACAUUGGACUGAUUAUAUUUCACAGUCUCUUGCCAUAUUAAAUUUUAAUAUUUUAGCAGGUUCAAAUAAAAUUUUCAUGAGAUACCUCUUACCUAAGCUAGUCUAGAUACAAAAUAAUUAAACAAAUAUUUGUCAUACCAAAUGUGUAUUAAUUUUAUCAUUUUAAGGUGUUUUGGUGCUUGUGAAUUCUGACAUAUGCAUAAUUUUAUAUCAAGGUGGUUGUAGGAAAAUAGAUGUUUUAUUUGCAACAAAUAGCUGUAGAUCCUUGAUUUCUCCUGGAGGCAACAGAUUCCUGCCUUGUUAAUUGUUAUGGAGGUUUCUAAAUCUGUUGAACAGGUCUGAAGACCUCUAGGACUGUUAUAAUAUAUAAACAAUAAAUAUUGAAAUCUUA